CAGCCAUGGGAAACGACAACUACACGCUCCUGGGUGGCUCUUUCUACUUCAAACUAUUCCCAGACGGAUCAGUGGACAAAUCGAAAGUAGUGUGCAGCUUUUGUCAAACUGAACUUAAAUAUCAUCGCAGCUCAUCGAGUCUAAGCUAUCACCUGCGAGCCAAGCAUUCAAAUGUAGCUAACCAGGUACAAGCUAAACGGCAGCAGAAGCAAAGCACUGCUGCACCUGUGAAGACUGCACAUCAACACAAACCUGUGGAACAAGAUAAGUUAACUACAGCGAUUGCAAAAUGGGUUGUAAUUAACAGCAGACCUGUGAAUAUUGUGGAAGAUGCAGGUCUAAGAGAUGUGCUCCGGGUUGCAUGUAGUGAUCAGUCUUAUGUUUUACCCUCCAGGGGAACAAUAGUUGCACGCAUUCACAGCCUGUAUGAAACAGAGAAAGCAACCAAAUUGAAACUCCUGCAAAGUGCAAAUACUGUGGCGUUGACGGGUGAUCAUUGGACGUCAGUGAGCAAUCAAAACUACCUCGGAGUAUCUGCACACCACAUCGAUACUAAUUGGACUUUUCUAUCUUUUGCUUUGACUGUGCGACAAACAGAAGAAACGCGCGUGCAGCAUUUCUGGGAAGUUGCAGAGCGAUGGGACAUUGCGAGGAAAGUCACAACAAUCGGUGCAGACGAUGCUUUGACUUUAGUAACAGCAGCAUGGCUUCAGGAGUACCAACACAUGCCGUGCAUUGCUCACAGUCUGCAGAGAUCAAUAACAGCAGCGGUCCUUCACAGCGGGUUUGAGCACGUGCUGGUUAAAUGUCGCAAACUGGUCGCACAUUUCAAGGAUAGUCCAGCAAAUGCAGCAGAGUUGAAACGAGAGCAAGCACAGAGAGGUCAAGAUGUGGAGCCUCUAAUUCAAGAUGUGCAAACCAGGUGGAACUCGACUCUGAGUAUGAUCACCAGGCUGCUGAAACACAAAGAUGCAGUCAGAGCUACACUUGAGCUUCACAAGCAAAUAAACACUCCAGACUUUCUGACUGAUGCUGAAUUUGAGAAGAUGGGAAAGCUUGAGACUCUCCUUGAACCCUGCAGGUAUGUGACUGAGCUCCUCGGGGGGGAGCAGUACGUCCCCUGCUCGGUGGUCCUGCCUGCGCUGUGCCAUCUCUCCCGGCUGAUGGAAGUAUCUGAAGACGAUCCGGACUACGUGUGCCAAUUCAAAGGGUCCUUCACCUCCGACCUUUCGAUGCGGAGAGAAACCAUCAACACCCAAUGGAUGAAAGUGGCGACCGCACUCGACCCCAGAUUCAAAGAUCUGAAAUGCCUCCCCAGAUCCGAGAGGGAGGAAGUGUGGAGGCUGAUGAAGGAAGAGAGCGCCAAGCAGUGUCACGUCAAAGAGGAAGUGACAGAACCACCGAAGAAGAAGAUGAGCCUCUUGGUUGCGUCCGACUCGGAGGAUGAAGAGGAAGCAGCAGCGGCGGCGGCCGAUACUCCUGUGGAUCGGUACAGAGCGGAGCCGAGCGUUUCCAUGGAGACCUGUCCGUUGAAGUGGUGGUCUGCCCAUGCGGGGGUUUACCCGAGUUUGGCUCCUCUGGCGCAGAAGUACCUGUCGACGCCGGCGACGACGGUCCCGUGCGAGAGGCUGUUCUCGCUGUCGGGUCACAUGGUGCAGAAGAAGAGAGCGGCGCUGUCCAAUGAGAACGCCACCAGGCUGCUCUGCCUCAGCGAGUGGCUCCGAGAGAAGAAACAGGAAGAGAAGUAA